AUCAAACUAACACAAACUUAUUCGAUUUUUUUUCUUGAACCCUUGGUGUGUUUUUUUUCUGUCUAAUGGGAAGUAACAGCAGAAAGAAGUUCUCAUUCUUCAGCUUCUUUAAAACACGAAGGUCCUCGUCUCAUAGAGUUGAAGCAGACGCAUGGGACGACGCUGUAUACACAAGAAAGGCAUGGGCCAGCGACGAGGACAAGCGUUAUUGGGUGGCUGAGCCAGGUAUUGACCGUAAAGCUUCUGCCUUCAUUGCCAAGUUCCAUGCCUCUCGUGUUUCUGAGUCCGAAUGCCAAACUCUCCCUCCUUGCCAAUCCCAUCAUGACUAGCCGGUCAUCAUGAUUUAUGAUCAUCAUGUUUCUAUCUUUUAUUUUCUUUUGUGUUCUUAUGAUGUCCUUACGAUGAUUUGUUUAUAAAAUGUCUUACAUGUAGUUUAAAGUCACUCUCUACCA